CGGCGGUGCAACGGCUCCAUCAACACCAGUGUUGAGCAGACGGAGAAGUAACAUGGCGUCUUCGAGCCGAGAUUUCCUGGCCCUCCCCAGAGUUCACUGUCCCGACCACCCAGAUGCCAUAUUGGUGGAGGACUACAGAGCGGGAGACAUGAUUUGUCCUGACUGUGGCCUUGUAGUAGGUGAUCGUGUCAUAGAUGUGGGCUCUGAGUGGAGGACGUUUUCAAAUGAGAAGGCCCUCAAAGAUCCCUCCAGAGUGGGAGAUGCCCAAAACACACUACUGAAUGGAGGAGACCUCACGACCAUGAUCAGCAAGGGAACUGGCGCUGCAAGUUUUGAUGAAUUUGGGAACUCCAAGUACCAGAACCGCCGGACCAUGAGCAGCUCCGACAGAGCCAUGCUCAACGCCUUCAAAGAGAUCAGCACCAUGGCAGAUCGCAUCAACCUGCCCAGGAACAUCGUAGACAGAACAAACAACCUCUUCAAGCAGGUCUAUGAACAGAAGAGCCUGAAAGGCAGAGCCAACGACGCCAUCGCCUCGGCCUGUCUCUACAUCGCCUGCAGACAAGAGGGCGUCCCAAGAACUUUCAAAGAGAUCUGCGCCGUGUCUCGGAUCUCGAAGAAGGAGAUCGGCAGGUGCUUCAAGCUGAUCCUGAAGGCGCUGGAGACGAGCGUGGACCUCAUCACCACUGGCGACUUCAUGUCCCGCUUCUGCUCCAACCUGGGCCUGCCCAAGCAGGUGCAGAUGGCGGCCACCUUCAUCGCCAGGAAGGCCGUGGAGCUGGACCUGGUGCCCGGCCGGAGCCCCAUCUCGGUGGCCGCCGCAGCCAUCUACAUGGCCUCUCAGGCCUCUGCGGAGAAGAAGACCCAGAAAGAAAUCGGAGACAUUGCCGGCGUGGCGGACGUCACCAUCAGGCAGUCGUACAGACUCAUCUAUCCUCGAGCUGCAGAACUUUUCCCUCCAGACUUCAAAUUUGACACACCUGUCGACAAACUACCUCAACUGUGAACCCCUUCUCCCCCACAACGCACUGCAGUUCAUUUUUGUUUUUUUUCCCCCCAAUUCUUCCUCUGUUUGGAAGUGGAAAAUUCGUAAGACAUUAUCGACUGAAAAGAUGUUUAAUUUAGAAAUAGGAAUAUUUCAAAUUGAUGUCAAACAUAAGGUCGGUCGGCCAAAACAGGGACGACCACGCGAAGUAUAAAAUAACCAAGAAGAUGUCAAAUGAUACCAGUAGAAAAUAAAGUACAGCUCGGAGCUCGUCUGCUGCCGGGCUGGAUUCAGCAGAGGUCACGGAUUUGAAACUCUCAUGCCACCGCAGCGGGCUUUCCCCAAACUCCUGGAGGUGUGUGAAGGUUUAAUAUGGGUGUCAAGUUGAGUAAAAUUUACAAAUGUUGCAGGUGGAAGUACAAUUAAAGAGGGCCCCCCCCUCCCUAUUCUAUGGAUCCCUCACUGACAUGUCAUCGCCGUUCCGCAGAAAUUGGAAAUCACUUUUCCCUCCACACUUCAAGUUUGAUAAACUCAACUGUGAACCUCCACACACACACACACACACACACACACACUUUUCUCUCUAAUUUGUGUUCUCUGUAUCCUGCCCGAGACCACCCACGGCAACGAGGAUAAAGUGGAACCACAUUCCAGUGCUUAAAUAAACUGCUUGCUGACUGUUCUUGCAGUACUUCAUUUGACUGUACAUACUGUCAUGUAUAUAUCUAUAUAUAUCUCCAAGUGGGAAAAUGCAGUUGAUGCUUGCAAUUCCAGACUGGUUUCAUACUGUACACACAACUUCGUUUUUGUAGAAAAA